CCUCCCCCCGCCCCAGCAUCCUUGCAACUAGUUGAAUCAAUUCACAGAUUCACAGUUCAGGAUCCGAAAGGAACGGAAUUAGCUUCUGUAUGUGAAGUGGGUCUGACCCACGAGGGGACCCCGGAGGGGAACGUCCGGAGAGCCUCCUCCGGAGCUGGGCGGGAGCUGAACGAGUCCCGCGCGCGGGGCGGGGUAGGAUAGGGCGCAGCGGCGGAGCCCAGAGCUCGGGACCAUCGUGCGGCCCGCGGCCUGCACUGUCUUUGCUCCUCGGAGCGCCGGCGGGUGACUGGAAGUUGACAAAUCUCUAGGGAGGCGGUGAGCCUCCCGGGACCCGCGGCCGCCGCCUGUCGCCGUCCGCUGGGCAGCGAGGUUCCUGCGGCCCGAUGAGCCGGCCCAGCGGGAGCAGCCGCGACGACGGCGACCACGAGCGGGAGCCGGGUGGCCCGCGGCGGCAGGGGAGGGUCCCCGCGGCCUGUAGGGGGCAGCGCCGAGCCCGGGAGGAGACGGCGGCGGAGGGGUGGGCGAGUCCCGGCCUCCCUGCCCUCCGUGCGCUUACCCGGCGCCGCCGGCUUCGGCGGGGACCCGGUGGUACGUGGCGGGCCCGGCGCGCGACAGCCCCUGGAGAAUUGGGAUCCGGGGAGACCCCGGCGUCGCCACCCGCCCGCCCGGGGCCGCGAGAGCCUCGGGAGGCGCCUCCGCGUGGCCGGGGAGCGUCUGGGCGCCCGCCGCUUCCCCGAGCCCGAGCGGGACGCCCGGUGCCCGCGCGGAAUCUUCCGAGAAUCCUGCUGCCGCGACUCUAACCGUGAGCGAGGCGAGCUCGAAACCAACAG